ACCCUAGUUGAUAAAGGAGCCAAACCCCAUCAUUAUAAACUCCAUCCCUCUGAUCCACUCUCCCCCUGAGUUUCUCUCUCAACCUCACUAUUCAAUGCAAAGCGGCCACUUUCAGAAAGCUCCGUGAAUAACCAAACACGUACGUACCUUACUUCUUCAGCUCACAUUUCUUCUCCGUUCUGGUCAACGUAGUCAUAUCAGUAUCAGCAACCACCACUGCUUCAACAACACCAACCAAACCAGAAACACAAACAACAACAAAAAGAAAACAAACAAAAAAAUGCUCGAAACCGUGAAGUACCUGAUCGGCUCGGUCGGUGCUAGCGGUUACGGCUCCAAGAGCACCGCCGAACAAGUCACCGAAAGCUGCCCCGAUCUCAGCUCCAUCACCGCCAUCAUCACAGGUGCUACGUCGGGGAUUGGAGCGGAGACGGCGCGAGUGUUAGCCAAGCGCGGGGCAAGGCUGGUCCUCCCUGCUCGGAGCCUCAAAGCCGCCGAGGACGCUAAGGCAAGAAUCGUCGCUGAGUUUCCGGGCUCCGAGAUCGUCGUCAUGGCGCUUGAUCUCAGCUCUCUUACUUCAGUCAGAAACUUCGUCUCUGAGUUCGAAUCCCUCAACGUAUCUCUUAAUCUCCUCAUAAACAACGCCGGAAAGUUCGCGCACGAGCAUGCGAUUUCUGAAGACGGCAUCGAACUGACCUUUGCUACUAAUUAUCUUGGUCAUUUUCUGUUAACGAAGCUGCUGCUGAACAAAAUAAUCCAGACGGCGGAGGCCACCGGCGUCCAAGGUCGAAUAGUGAACGUGUCGUCUGCCAUUCACGGCUGGUUUUCCGGCGAUACAAUCCGAUACCUCGGCGAGAUAAGCCGGAACAGAAGCAGCCAAUACGACGAGACACGUGCGUAUGCCCUCUCGAAGCUCGCCAACGUUUUGCACACCAAGGAACUCGCUCGCAGGCUCAGGGAAAUGGAGGCCAACGUGACUGUGAACUGUGUCCAUCCGGGGAUUGUUAGGACCCGACUCACCAGAGAACGUGAAGGCCUUGCUACAGAUUUGGUGUUCCUCUUAGCUUCCAAGCUCUUGAAAACAAUACCUCAGGCUGCAGCCACGACAUGUUACGUUGCGACUCAUCCGAAGAUGAUCGGUGUGUCCGGGAAGUAUUUUGCGGAUUGUAACGAGACAUCGCCGUCGAAAUUGGGGUCUAAUUUGGUGGAAGCUGGUCGGUUAUGGUCUGCCUCUGAAGUCAUGGUGUCCAAAGAUUCCGGUGCUAUUUUUGCAGAUCAAUAUUGAAGGAGUAGAAGUGGGAUGAUGAUCAAUAUCCAUAUAUUACUAGUAGUAGAUAUAUAUUAAGAACAUAAAAAAGCAAAAUCUGAGUCACUAGUCUAGUUAAUUUCGUCUUAAUGUAUGUACUUAAUUAGUCUUAAGUAAUAGCAUAUAUAUUGCCAGAUACAGUUCUCUAAGUGGGGGAGAGCUAGCUAGGAAAGA